CACAACUCUGUAGUGGCUUGACGGGGAGCCUGUCGCUGCACGCUCUUGCACUCCGGUUGUUGCCGACUGGAGAAUCUUGCGAGGGUGAGCAGCCCCUCCCCUUGGGUCCUACUCCACACAACUGAAGCAGUUUCACUCCCGGCAGCAACAGAAAGCACAAAGGGGCGUUCCUUCAGCAAUGCUUGCAAGCCUUCUUGAAAAGCCAGAAGAAGUGGGUGGUUGGGUCAUGUGUUUUGAACAACAUUUUUUGACAGCCGGACUAACCUGAUUCCACAUUUACUCUGGGCAGACGACUGAGAAUUGAGAGAUGGGCUUACACAGGUCCCAGGCCUUUGAAGCUGUGUCUGUCUUCUCUCAGCUGUAUAUUUUACCAUGACUUGUCUUCUGAGCGGCUGGAGUGGAGGAGGCGACUGCCUGCGUCGUGCCCUGAAUCACUGCUUUAUCCGGAGCCACAGCGUGCAGACGGCUCCCGGGAGUUUCUCCGUGCCUUUGUCCCGGACCUGCUAAUGCUGCCAAGCCAUGUACGUCCUGGCAGUGCUGUGUGUCCUCCACCUCUUCUUUUCAGUUCCCAUGUCCAGCCAAGACUGGCCUUUGGACUGUGUUCCCCGAAAGACCAUCCCUUACCACAGUGACAAUGGGAAGCUGUUCAGGGAAGAUCAGGUGUGGAACUAUACCAUGAUGGUCCUCAGAGAUGACCUGGGUCUGGUCAUCCUGGGGGCCAGAGGAGUCAUCUACGCCCUGGACAUCAACAACAUCAGCAACAAGAAGGCCUCAGUGAACUGGGAUGUGACCGAUGAGCAGCAGGAAGAAUGCAAAUAUAAAGGAAAGGACUCCGAGAUAGAGUGCCAGAACUACAUCCGCAUACUACAUGUGACAGAGGAUGGCAGCAUGUAUGUGUGUGGAACCAAUGCUUUCCAUCCAAUGUGUGAUUACAUGAAUUACAAAGAUGGACAGCUGAUUCUGCAGAAUGACCAAGAGGAUGGGAAAGGGAAAUGCCCCUUCGACCCCUUCCAGAAGUACUCCUCGGUGUGGGUCGAGGGAGAGUUGUACUCUGCCACCUCCAUGAACUUCCUGGGCUCUGAGCCGGUGGUGAUGCGCAGCUCCCCAGACCCCAUCCGCACCGACUUCAAGAGCUCCUGGCUCAGUGAGCCUAACUUCAUCUACAUGGACCAUAUCCCAGAAAGUGAGAAUAGCCCCGAUGGAGACGAUGACAAGAUCUACCUGUUCUUCAGUGAGACCGCUGUGGAAUACGACUUCUACCAUAAGCUGGCUGUGUCUCGGGUGGCCAGGGUCUGCAAGGGAGACAUAGGUGGCCAAAGGACCCUCCAGAGGAAAUGGACAUCUUUUGUAAAAGCGCGUCUCGACUGUCCUGUCCUGGAGUCUCAGCUGCCUUACUUAGUGCAGGACGUGUUCCGCUCGUGCCCUGCCGACUGGUCUACAUGUGUGUUCUAUGCUGUCUUCACCCCUCAGAUGGACUCUUCAGACUACUCCGCUGUGUGUGUCUACAGCAUGCAUGAUAUACAACAAGUGUUUACUGAGGGGAAGUUCAAAACGCCUGUUACCGUGGAAACCUCUUUUGUGAAGUGGGUGAUGUUCAGUGGCGAUCUGCCCGCCCCUCGACCAGGAGCGUGCAUCGACACAGCAACACGUAAGAUGGGCAUCAACAGCUCUAUGGAGCUGCCAGACAAGACCUUGCAGUUCAUUCGUGAUCGUCCGCUGAUGGACCAGGAGAUUCAGCCAGUGAACAACCGCCCCCUACUGGUGAAGAAAGGGGCUGCAUUCACCCGCAUUGUGGUAGCCAGUGUAGUGGCUUUGGAUGGAGCUAGUUACCAUGUCAUGUUUAUUGGCACAGAGACCGGCUCUAUACUCAAAGCUGUCCAUUACGGUAAAGACAACGCUGGAGAGGCGUUCAUCAUCGAGGAGGUGCAACUCUUCCAGCCUUCCGAGGCGAUCAAGAUCCUUCGGCUCUCUGACAGCACGGGUCACCUGUUUGCGGGUUCUGAAGUGGGCGUGGUCCAGAUGCCACUGAGCUCGUGUGGGCGCUACAGAUCCUGUGGAGACUGUGUCCUUGCCCGGGACCCUUUCUGCGUGUGGGACCUGACCUCCGCACGGUGCACCUCCCUCAGCCCAGUGCACUCUCAGGGAGACAGUAAGGUGAUUCAGAGUCUGCAGGAUGGAGAUGUUUCUUCCUGCCCCCCUCCAGAAAAGGCCAAGCUGGUUAACAUCACCUUCGUGCCAGGCAGCAAUGUGAAGUUGGGUUGUGAGCCCAUCUCUGACCUGGCACAGCUGCUCUGGCAUGUGGGCGGCCGUGCCCUGGUGCGCUCCGAUCAGCAUCACUUCCACAGGGACAGCCUGAUGAUCCUCAACGCCAGCGUGGGCGACGCCGGCCAUUACUCCUGCUGGUCGCUGGAGCGCUCCCACGGGCACGAGCACCGGAGGCUGGGGGCUGAAUACAGACUCACCCUGGGGACCAGGACCAGGGGAGGACUGGAGCUCCCCACCUCCCCUCAGGCCCAGUCUAGUAACGGGGGGAUGGUGGGCAUGCAGGUGCUGGUGGCGUUGCUGUCAGUCACGCUGGUUGCACUAGUUGCAUGGAACUACUAUAAAGGCCACCUCACGCUGCUGCCUUGCAAGCUAGGAGGAAGACAGGAGCACCCUGAGGGCAGCCAAGGGGACGUGGCCAGCACACUGCAGCCUUUGCAGAGCACCGAGGAGAAACCUCCAGGCCCGGCUGGGAACAGCAACAACAACCACGGCAAUCAGGAGCACGCUCUCUCAAUGGAUGGCCACGCCGCUGAGGAGUCUAGUAUCUAAGCUCUGGAGUCAUACACUCAUCCAGGAGCAGACGAUGUACUCUGUGCCUUUUCAUUGUGUAUGAAAUUUAGUUUGGCGUCAAAACAAAAAGGAGCCUUUUGGACUUUUUUUUCUACUUUGUUAGACAUUACUUUUCAUUUGAUCGAAGGUGUGGAUAUCAGAAUCAGAAUUCUUUUUUAGGAAUUUUUUAUAUUUACACAUACAGGAAAUUAACUUGGUGUGGUUAUAUGUUCAGAAACUUCACAUUCAUGAACUGUCAAACUGUAAAGAAAUGUAUAAAAAGUUUUACUGAGGACAUUUUCUAUGAGCCUUUCUGAUGAGCAGGAGUAGAUGAGUGUCUAAAAUUACUGUGACUAGUGUGUUUGAGGUUCAUUCUGGGUCUAGAUAUGCUCUGGUACUAGGUGGGUUGAAAGUAGUGUUGAGUUUUGAGUCAAUACUGUGAAUGAUUAAACACGACUGAUUGUUUGAA